AUGGAGAGGUUCAGGUCUAACGGAGGGGAGCAUGUGAACCAAGGGUAUGAUUCCAACCUGGAUGAGCCUCCUGUCUAUCAGGAGGCCAACUUCUCCAACGGGGAACAACGGGCGGUGCGGCCCUCGGUGGUCAGCGCCUUCGGUCACGACACUUUGGACCGAGUGCCCAACAUUGACUUCUAUCGCAACGCGGGCAGUGUGAGUGGUCACCGUGCCGUGCGGCCGUCCCUGCAGGAGCUCCAUGAUGUGUUUCAGAAGAAUGGAGCGAUCUCUGUGCCAGACACCGUGGAGGACGAUGGCGAGGGGAGUGGCGGGACACCCUCGGAUGACCUGGAGUCUGCCCCCCCCCCCAAAGAAAACCAAGGAGGAGUAAAGUUUGGCUGGAUAAGGGGCGUCCUGGUGAGAUGCAUGCUGAACAUCUGGGGCGUCAUGUUGUUCAUCCGUCUGUCCUGGGUUUUUGGUCAGGCAGGCUGGGGCCUGGGAAUCGUGGUCAUCGCUCUCAGCUGCGUGGUCACCGUCAUCACAGGCCUGUCUAUGUCGGCCAUUUGCACUAAUGGCGUGGUCAGAGGAGGAGGCGCCUACUACUUGAUAUCUCGCAGUCUGGGGCCUGAGUUCGGCGGAUCCAUCGGCCUCAUCUUCGCCUUCGCCAAUGCCGUGGCCGUGGCCAUGUACGUGGUGGGGUUUGCUGAGACCGUGGUCGACUUGCUGAAGGAGAACGAUGCCAUCAUGGUGGAUGUAAUAAACGACAUCAGGAUCGUCGGCUGUGUCACGGUGGUGCUGCUGUUGGCCAUAUCAGUUGCUGGAAUGGAAUGGGAGGCCAAGGCACAAAUCGUUCUCCUCGUCAUCCUGCUGGUGGCCAUAGUCGACGUAUUUGUGGGAACUUUCAUCCCUGCCACCGAUGACAAGAAAUCCAAAGGCUUCUUCAAUUAUAACUCAAAAAUCUUCUUAGAAAAUUUUACUCCGGACUUCUCCGAGAACGAGUCGUUUUUCACGGUGUUUGCCAUCUUUUUCCCCGCUGCCACGGGGAUCCUGGCCGGAGCCAACAUCUCCGGCGACUUGCGGGAUCCCCAAGCAGCCAUUCCUAAGGGAACCUUGCUGGCCAUCGUGAUCACUGGUAUCACCUACUUGGCUGUGGCCCUUUGUGUCGCUGCCUCUGUUGUCCGUAAUGCCACAGGAGACAUAACCGACCUCAUUAUGCCCGGCGAAGUUUGUAACGGUACUGCGGUGGCUGCUUGCGAGCUCGGCUAUAAUUUCUCCUCCUGCGCAGUGGAAACCUGUAAAUUUGGCGCGCUGAACAACUUCCAGGUGAUGACCAUGGUGUCUGGGUUCGGUCCCCUCAUCACUGCCGGAACAUUCUCGGCAACCCUCUCCUCUGCCCUGGCUUCCCUCGUCAGCGCCCCCAAAGUCUUCCAGGCUCUGUGUCAAGACAACAUCUACACGGCUCUGCAUUUCUUUGCCAAGGGACACGGCAAGAACAACGAGCCAAUCCGUGGCUACAUCCUCACAUUCAUUAUUUCUGUGGCCUUCAUUCUCAUUGGUGACCUCAACGCCAUCGCUCCAAUUAUUUCCAACUUCUUCCUGGCAUCUUACGCUCUCAUCAAUUUCUCCUGCUUCCAUGCGUCCUACGCCAAGUCUCCAGGCUGGAGACCUGGAUACAAGUACUACAACAUGUGGCUGUCCCUGGUGGGCGCACUGCUCUGCUGUGCCGUCAUGUUUGUCAUCAACUGGUGGGCUGCUCUCAUCACGUACGCCAUCGAGAUCCUCCUCUACAUUUACGUCACCGUCAAAAAGCCAGCUGUGAACUGGGGUUCGUCCACGCAGGCGGCGACGUUUGUGAGUUCGGUCAGCAACGCCCUGUCUCUGUCUGGUGUCGAGGAUCACGUCAAGAACUUCAGGCCUCAGAUCUUGGCUCUGACCGGUUCACCGCGGACCAGACCGGCUCUCCUCGACCUGGCUCACUCCCUCUCCAAGAACUAUGGACUCUGCAUCACCUGUGAAGUGUUUGAGGGUCCAAGAUCAGAGGCUCUCGAGGAGAUGAACGCCGGCAUGGAGAAGAACCAGCUCUGGCUCAGGAAGAACAAACGCAAGGCCUUUUAUGCGGCUGUGGCCUGUGAAAGCUUCAGGGACGGAACCGAGAGCCUCCUGCAGGCCUCGGGUCUCGGCCGCAUGAAGCCCAACACACUGAUGAUCGGCUUCAAGAAGAACUGGAGGAUGGCAGGAGCAGAGUCAGUGCAGAGCUAUGUGGGAAUCCUGCAUGACGCGUUUGACUUUGACUACGGGACAGUGAUGCUGAGGAUGAACCAGGGACUCGAUGUGUCACACAUUGUGGAAGCAGAAGAGGAGAUGCUGAAGGCAGCGAAGGAGCAACAGGCACUGGAGGACGAAAUGAUGCCAAAUGGAGGGAAACCAAAAGGCCUGUUUAGGAAGUCCAGGAAAUCGUCUCAACAAGUGCUCACAACCAGAGUGUCGGUGUGCGGACCCCCGCCCCCGCAGGUUGCCAGGAUGAAUGAGAAGCUGUUAGAGGCCAGUGCUCAGUUCAUGAAGAAGCAGCCUAAAGGCACGAUCGAUGUGUGGUGGCUCUUCGACGACGGAGGUCUCACCCUGCUGCUGCCCUACAUCCUCACCACCAGGAAGAAGUGGAAAGACUCUAAAUUAAGGAUCUUCAUCGCAGGGCAGCCUGACCGCAGCGAGCUGGAUAAACACGAGAUGAAGUCCCUGUUGCAGAAAUUCAGGAUCAACUGCACCGACAUCCAAGUCAUUGACGACAUCCACGUCAAACCCAGCUCCGACAGCCUGAAGCAGUUGGAGGACAUGAUCGAGCCUUUCCGUCUGCAUGAGGGCUCCAAAGACAAAAUCGAGGCCGAAGCCAUGCAGAGAGCGCAUCCCUGGAAAAUCACUGACGAGGAGCUGAACAGCUUCGAGGAGAAGACCAACCUCCAGGUACGACUGAACGAGGUGCUCCAGGAAAACUCCAAAUCAGCCAAUCUGAUCAUUGUGAGCAUGCCCAUCGCUCGUAAGGAGUCCGUCUCUGACUUCCUCUACAUGGCCUGGCUGGACGUUCUAACCAAGGACCUCCCGCCAACGCUGCUCAUCAGAGGCAACCACAGGAGCGUUCUCACUUUCUACUCCUGAGCACCUCGGAGACUAAAUGGCAGGGCACUAAAAUAAAGAAAUGGCAACACCAUAAUGAUGAACCAUGUUCAUAACGAGUACAAGAACAAGAUUGUUAUUCAGACAAGACAGCGUUUUUUUUAACUUUUCCCCCCGAUGAGGCCAGCAGAGGAGAAAUAGAACGAUUAGGUGUUUGACAGCUGGUGUUCUCGAACAAUAAUGUCAUUAAAAGUCAUUGUCACUCACAGGCUAAGCCUUAUUUUACUAUGAGCCUGUUUUUAUUGCUUGUUCUGGAAUAUGAGCUGUUUCACGAAAGCUUCUAGACAAAAGUAAACUUUUCUAUGUCUCAAAGAUAUAAAAAAGUUGCUUAAAUUUUAAUGUGAAUCUAGGAGCACUGGCAAAGUUUGAUGUAUUUUUUAUAUUUUUGAAGUAUCUUGCAACAAUGGACACACGCACACACACACACACACACACACACACACACACACACACACACACAGACACACACACACACACACACACACAGUUGGAACAAAGCCAAAUCUUCGUGGUGGGAUCAGUCCAACACGAGCGAAGGUUCCUUCCAGACGUGUUCCCUGCUGUUGUGACUGUAAAAUAAAUGUAUAUAGUAGAUAUCUGAAUUCACUAGUCGUUAUUUUUAAAUACAUGAUUAACUACAUAAUUGGAUUCAUUACUUUCACUUCUCUUAAACUCCAAUUCUCUGAAAAUGGUUUGAUGAUUUCUUUCAAACAUUCUUGAUAUUCACAGAGUGUAAAAUACAUAAAGCUGUUUACCUGUUUCACAUUAUAUGGUUUAAAUGUUUCAAUGUAACUAUCACACUUUUUGUUUAAGGGAAAUUCAGGGAAACAAAAGAUUGUAAAUCAAAUUAUUCUGUAUAUUUUAACUUUAAAUACAUGAUUGUGAUUCUCUGAAUUAAAGAAUUAAUACAAA